AUCAGUUUGGGAUAGCCUAUUAACUUGAAGCAAGAGCAGCUGGAAAUAUCCAAUCACUUCAAGUUUCCAUUCACUCUUCAACUCUACAGUAAUUGCUUCGGGUACAGGAAGGAUACAGGUGUUUGGGACUGAAUGCGACUCAGACUUGACCAAGGGGAAAUGAAUUUAAAAGGCAGCGGGACUCUUCUGAGGAUUCUUAUGAUGUUUCUCUUCUUCUCACGAAGUUUGCAGUGGACUUACAGAGAGCAUCAGGAUGAUGCGAACAGUGAAGUCUGUUCUGAGAACAAGAUUGUCACAACCAAAUAUCCUUGCUUAAAACCAACUGGAGAGGUGACAACUUGCUACAGGAAGAAAUGUUGUGAGGGGUUUAAGUUUGUGCUGGGCCAGUGCAUUCCUGAAGAUUAUGACGUGUGCGAAGGCGCCCCCUGUGAACAACAGUGCACGGACCACUUUGGACGGGUUGUGUGCACCUGUUACCCUGGUUACCGCUACGACCGGGAGCGACACCGGAACAGAGAGAAGCCAUACUGCCUGGACAUGGAUGAGUGUGCCAACAACAACAUGACGGUGUGCUCUCAGGUUUGUCUGAACUCUCCAGGGAGCUACAGGUGUGAGUGUGAGAAAGGCUUUUUCCUGGAAGAGGAUGGGAAGACCUGCACCAAGGGGGAGAGAGCAGCUCGCCUGUUUGAGACGUCAGACAACAUGAUGAAGGCUGGGGAAUGCUCUGCUACAUGUGAAGACUUCCACCACAUCAAGAAUACUGUCUUUCAGCUCAAACAAAAGAUUGCCAUGUUGCCCAGCAACGCUGAUGUUACCAAGCAGAUGACCAGUGAGAAGAGGCUGAUGUCACACUCCUUCCUCCCCGGGCCGCCUGGUCUGCCCGGUCCUCCAGGAGAUCCAGGGCCAAUGGGCCCCCCUGGCCACACAGGACUGUUGGGGCCCCCCGGCCCUCCUGGACCCAGGGGACUGAUGGGCCCCAUUGGGCCCUCGCCUGACCUGUCCUACAUGACGCAGGGCCGACGCGGGCCCAUGGGUCCUGUGGGGGCUCCAGGAAAAGAUGGCAUCAAGGGGGAGACGGGGGCUCCUGGACCUUCUGGACCUCCAGGCCCUCCCGGAUCCUUUGACUUCCUGCUGCUGUUGAUGGCUGACAUCCGUAACGAUAUCGUUGAGCUACAGAGCAAGGUGUUCGGCAGACUCAUGCAUUCUCCUGGAGAGGAGUUCCCUGUGGGGGUCCCAGAUACAUGGAGGGACAACCAGUCGCCUGGGAGGGAGGUCCACAUGGUUGGCCCAGAGAGCUGGAGGGACAACCAAUCGCCUGACAGCUGGAGGGAGAACCAAGAUAUCCUGGUGGACAUUGGCUCUGGAGAAGACAAACCAAAGGAUUACAAAACACGAAAUGUUGCCAAGGGCAACUCUGGAGAAGACUACAAACCACGCAGGAAGGAAGAGGACAGGAACAGGAAGAGGAAGAGGAAACCCAUGCGAGCCUCAACAACAGACUCAGACUUGGAUUGGACGUUUUGAAUUUGAGGCAGAUUUUCAGUAUUUCUUUGUAAAUAUUAAUAUCAAAGUAUUUUUUAUUGAACUGCUUAAAGUCACUCAAGUCAGAAUGUAUUUGUUUUUUUUUUCAUAAAAUCUCUAUUUUUAUAUUAUAAAUAGGAUUGUAAAUGUAUAUUUUAGUUUAAAAAAAUGGUAUUACAGUUAUGGACUUGAAUGUCUUCUUAGCUCAACAGCAUUUCACUCCUGAUACAUUUUAUUUAAAUGUUAAUGUCUCAAAUUGUAAAGGCUUUCUUCCAGGGGUGAAGGAGAGGACCAAAGUGCAGCGCGGCUAGUGUUAAACAUGUUUAAUAUAACAACAAUUGAACACUACAAACAACAAACAAAAUAACAAACCGUGAAAACCGAGACAGUCCUAUCUGGUGCAGAACAAACACAGAGACAGGAAACAAACACCCACAAAACACCAGUGAAACCCUGGCUGCCUUUGUAUGACUCUCAAUCAGAGACAAACGAUACACACCUGUCUCUAAUUGAGAAUCAUACCAGGCCGAACACAAAACCCCACAUAGAAAUAGAACACCUAGACUAACCCACCCAACUCACGCCCUGACCAACUAAAACAAAUACAUAACAAAGGAAAACAGGUCAGGAACGUGACACAAAUGUUAACUUUCUUGCUUAAAUGUGGUUUCCACCCUGUUAUAGACUCAUGCACACAUGAGAAUAGUCCAAUUCAGAGUCCAAUUCGCCCUACCCCUAAAUCCUAGAUAGAAUAUGUAACUCAAUUUCUUUGCUCCUAAUCACCACAGCUUUGUUUGUUCGUUGCCUCAGCCACACUAGCCAAGGAUUGUUUCUGGUUGCUAUGGCUGCUAAGUAAGUGUGUAACACUCCUCCAAAGCCAAGUGGUUGCUAUGGCUGCCGAGCCUCCAGGAGAAUGGUCCUUGACAGAAAGAAGAAGAAAGGUCAUGGAGAGUACCACUGGAGAUAGAUUGAGCAACUUUUCAAGAAAUGGAAUAUUCCAGUGUUUUUAAGUGGCACCAUAUUAUAUUUGAGCAGAUCCAAGUCUAGGCUUAUGUGGUCAAAAGUGGGUAUUUUACAAUUCAAACAUAAAUCAGACAUGUAAAGAAACUGGAAAAUAAAUGCAGUACUAACAGAAA